CAAGUAUAUAUAUAUAUAUGUCAUUCAUAUUGCUACGAUAUGUAUAUGUACUAUAGGUACAGCAUUGAGACUACUACGAAUAAAUCGAUAUGAGAAGUACAAUUAUUCCUUAUAGCAAAUCUCUCUCUCUGUUUCCAUUUCAUGUAUCACCUAUUAAAUGACUGUAUAAUGUCCUGAAUUUGUUCUACUCAUGAGAUAGAGUGCAAAAGAGAAGGACAGACAUACUAACUAUGCCCUGAACUUGAAUAUCUUACUAUAGUAUGACAGUGGAGGAUGAACUUUGAAAAUUUCAAUAUGAGAAGAAUGCUAGAUCAUUGGGGAAUAACGGAGAAGUGGUUUAUAUUGGUGUGUGUGUGUGUGUAAGUAUGAAGUUAGAACAGCAUUCUCCAGAGUAUUAUUAUUCCUUUAGAUUCCAUCUGGAACAAACAUCUUCAACAGCAUAACUACAUUCCAGUCUGUUCUCUUCAGCUAGUCCUACGAUUGUCCAUAGACUGUCAUCUUUACCUCACUCAGUCUCCUCCAUUCCACUCUCGGACAUACACCAAAGUGGUUUCACUUCUCAUUCAGAUUCCAGUCAGGCGACGGUCCUGAGCGUCAUAUCCUUCCAACGGUCUUCUCAGCGUUUGUCUGAGCCAUCUGCAUUUACUUAUGCAUAUUUGUUGGGCGAACGGUUCUUUGUUGGUUGUUUGGCAGAGUUUAUUGCUGCAAACUCUUUUUGGCUCGCCACUGAAAGCGGUAGCUGUUGACAAAAGUCUAAUGCAGUCACAUGUUGGAAAUGCUUUUGUUGAUGAUUCGUCGAAAUCGUCUGUCAACGGAAAAUUAAACAAAAGUCAAUCAGAUGAAUUACUGCAUAGACAAAGUGAACAAAUGCAAGCAGAAUUAGAUUUAGUGCAUAAAUUAAUGCAUUCACCGGAAGAAAUGGGUUUAGAUAAUGAAUGCAGUAAAGAUCAUGAAACUGAAUGUUAUAUACAAACAAUAUAUGAGCCGUGUUCAUUGAGUAGAACAGCUAUUAACUUUGAUCGUCUAUUACGUCGUAUUGAUACAACAAAUGCCCGUGUAACUACACUGAUUAAUCUUUCGGCUACUGCUGUCCUAGCUUCAGAUAAAAGUGCUAUCAACUUUUUAGUCAAUAGUCUGAAACGUAUGCGACGUAAACAAGGUUUAGCAAUCAAUGAAGCUGAUGAUAUAAUGCCUACAUUUUUAAAAAAUCCCCUACUUUUAUUACGUUCAAGAAAGAAAAAGCAUAAAAGCGAGAAUGGUAUUAAUGGUGGUGAAGAGAAAUUGGCCACAUUCACUUUAAGUUAUCCUGAAGACGAUGAUGAUGGUGAUAAUGUAGACGGUGAAGGUGAUGAAAGUGAUAAAGAUGAAAUUCUUGAUGAUACAGAAAUCCUAUGGGAAAUGAGUAGUGUACAGAUAAGUACUGAUUGUUCAACAAGUGAUAGUGAUGAUGAAGGUCCAACACCUGAGUAUGUUUUAAACUUAUCCAAACAAAUACGUAAAACAGAAGGUGUGAGAUUGAAACAGAAUUUACGUCUUAUACGUCAUAAGAAAUCAUCAACAGCAGCAUUAAAUAGUGGAGUAGUUCCGGGUGGCAAAAAGACUUCGAUCAAUGUACCGCCUCCAUUAAAUCCUUUAGCGCAUAAUCGUAAUGAUAUGCUUAGAGCACAUGCAACAGUACCAAGUGGUUUAUGUCAACAAGGACGUAAAGUAUCCUCAUCAUCUAUGAUGUCAUCAAGUGGUCUACCGCAUUGCGAUGGAAGUACAAAAUCAACACCAACAUUACCAUUUAAUUUACUCAGUCUUACUGGACAAUUAUCAUGGCUUAUCUCUGAAUAUAUUGAACGUGGUAGUUCUACAUAUAAAUGGGCAACUGAAUUGAUUAAUUCAAUCGGUAAAAUGUCAGUAACACGUUCAACAUGGUUAAAUGUACAUCAACAGUUAAGAGAGACAACUGAGUUAUUAUAUUCACAUCGUGAUCAAUUAAUUAAAAAGAAUUAUGCAUUAUCUGAAACUCCACAAGGUGAAAUUGCCUGGAAUAAAUUACAAACUGUUCAUCAAGGCAUUCUUUAUGGGGAUUUAAACUCGAGUACAAUUACAACAGAUCGAUUGAGAACAUUGUGUAAAUCCCUAAAGGUGAAUAAUAACAAUAAUAAUAAUAAUAGUAAUAACAUUCCUGCUACCAAUGAUCCUACUACUAAUGGGAAUACAGAAAGAAAAUUAGUUCAAUUGUCAUGUUUACUAGAGAAGAAAUUACACUUGGCCUAUUUAUGCGAUUUAUUAUUAUGGAAAGCGCAUAAACUCAUAUUAUCAGAUCAUGGUAAUAAUGAUGAAGAUGUAGCCAAGUGUCAAUUAAUGGAUUUUCAAAUACGCCUGUUAGAAUUGCAAUUAGACCAAGCCAAUGGACAGAAUUGGUCACCUGAAUUAAUGGAUUAUAUAGUUUGUUGGAUGAGUGAUAUUUGUGAAUGGAAGGCGGAAUUCCAACCGAACACUUCAGAUGUUGACUAUUUCAUAUGGAAUGAAUUGUAUGUGUUUAAAAAUUCUGUUCAAAAUUUACUCGACUUAGUCAAAACACUGACUUCAUGUAAACUGAUACGGUCAGCGCUGGAUGAAAAUGGUAAGAAUAUGAUUGAUCAUAAACAAAGUAUUGCAAGUAGUAGUGGUAGCAGUGCACUAAAUUCAAACACUUCACUUACAGACUUAUCCUCAAGAAGUCAAUCGUGUCGUUCGCAUCACUACCACCCACAUCAUCAUCAUCAUGGGCAAGGUGAUUUUCGUACACUAGACGCUGAUCGAUGUUCACGUUCAUAUGCUGCAAUGAUUAGACAAAUACAAGAACAUGCUAUGAAAAAUAGACCAUUAGGCUAUUUUGCUGAACGUGCUUUAUACGAUAUUGCUGUGGAAUUAGGCUGUCAAGUGAAUUGGGAUGAAAGAUUUCAUAGUUUAAGUAAAGAAUUACUGAAUGCUUGGAAAGAAUGGGAGUUGAUUAUUCAAGAGAAAGUUGAUCGUGAUUUCUAGUCUGUUAAUUUUCUUUUUUAUAACAAAACAUUAAACACAUUCGAGUAUUUGUCAUCUCUUCACAUACUACAAUUUGUCAUUAAGAAAAAAAAACAGGAGAAAAACAAUAAAAAACAACGAGAACACAAGAUCUGUCUGGCAGCCAAUUGUCAACAGCGUCAGCGCCAGCUCCAGCCUCAGUAAACCUACCUUCAUUUAUUACAGUAUUUUUGUGUCAUAUUCAUUUUAUUAGCAAAAACACACUAUUCUACUAUUAUUGCUAUUACUACUACUACUUAAUUAAUCAAUGACAUCUAUUUUUCUAACUCAAAAAGAGAUUAAAAAGUAUAAUUUCAUCGAACCCUUCAUUUAAAAGAACAUAUAUAUACAUAUAUAUGUUUAUAUGCACUGUAUAUGAUAUCAAAUAUCUUAAAAAUAAGAAUAAUGAGAAUACUGCAAGAUUUGAUUUUUUCUCUCUCCGUGAAAAAUAAGCAAAAAUAUUGUUGAGUGGUAAGCAAAACAACACUCUUCACUCUGUGUUCAACUGAUUUGCGUGUAUUACCUACCUAGAAAUUCUCGACUCUUUCUCAUUUCUGGUAAAAACAGCAAUUACAGCAAUAGUCUUAUUGACAAUUGAAAUUUCCGAUUUGAAUCUUAGUAAUGAAAACUUUGUCUAGCUGAUUACAUCUCAUGACCAAUAUAUAUUAUAUAUAUAUAUAUUUAAGUUUUUUCCGUUGCAGACACCCAUUUUACCUUACCUCAUACACUUCUCUAUCAUUGUACGCUCUAUUCUGUACUGCUAUUUUUCCACUCAAUGUCUCUCUGUUUUUUUUCUUGUUUUAUUUGUUUGUUAACUGUCAGGAAGUGAAUGUUGAAAAUAAAUUUUGACUGAAAGAAAAA